AUGAUUUAUGCUAUUGAUAAGUUUAUCAAUAACAAUCCUUAUUUAUUACCAGGCAUUAAAAUUGGCUGGAAAAUCAUCGAUUCCUGUGAAAAUCGUACUGUCGCCUUACAAAAUGUUGCCUCUAAUUUAAUACUAUCUGAGAGGCGAAACUUCCCACAGUUGCGGUGUAAUUUAGAUCCUUAUACAAAUUCGUCACCUAUAGUUGGCUUAAUCGGUGCAAAAAAUGAAGAUAUUACCAUUUCUACGGCAGCAUUGACUAGCAGCUUAAAGAUACCACAGAUUAGUUACUUUUCUUUUGACAAAUUAUUAAAUAACCGUAAAGUGUUUUCAUAUUUCUAUCGCACAUCUAUAUCCUCUACUACUCAAAUUAAAAAUAUAUUUGAUAUAAUCAAUUAUUUUAAAUGGAACUGGAUUUCUUUUGUUCUCACAGACAAAUCAACUUUCGAAAUGAUUCAAUCUAGCAAAAGUGAAGCUCAAAAUAAACAUUUAAUAUGCUACGAAGAAAUCUAUCGACUAGGAAACAAUGCUACUCUGGAAGCAAUCGCUAACGUUGUAUCGAAACUAAAAUAUCAGUCUCGAGCUCAAGCUAUCGUUCUUCUUGGCAAGGAAACUACUAUCUACAGCUUCUUAUUGGAAGCACAAGCUCAAAAUUUGACCGGUAAAACAUUUAUUGGUUCCUAUACUUGGCUAACAUCAAGAAAAAUUCAACAAAUUGAUUAUCGCAUUAUUGGCGGUGCUAUUGGUAUUGCUUUCAAUAGUCAAUCUAUAAAAGGAUUUGACGAAUAUUUACACCAACUCAAUUUCUGCAAUAAUUUAGGCAACCCGUGGUUUAUGAAAUUAUGGCGGAAAAAGUUAACAGAAUUAGGUUUAGAUGUAGAUAAAACUGUUGCCAAUUGCACAUUAAAUGGAGAAUGGAAAAGAUCGUUGGGAAAUUCAUUCUAUUCUCCAAGCUUUAAAGCAGUCUUCGUUAUGGAUGCAGUCUUGGCUUACGGCCAUGCUUUGCAUAGUUUAUUAGGCUGUAAUUAUACUCAUUGCUCACUAACGCAAACAUCUAGCCUGGACAGAGAGCUUUUCAACGAUAUUUUAGGUCGUGUUCAUUUCGCUAGCAAAUCAAGCUAUGCAUUUACUUUUAGAUCAGAUGGAAACACAGAUUCACUUCUUGAUAUUGUCAAUUUGCAAAGAAUAUUGGUAAAAGGACACAGUAGAAUAAGAGCAGUUGUAAUUGGUUCAUGGGACAGGAAAAGUGGCUUAUUAAUUAGUGACAACAAAAUCAUUUGGAAUGGAAAUAAGCCUUGGACUCAAAUACCUGUAUCACGAUGUUCCGCAGAUUGCCUUCCCGGCUAUCAUAUGUAUCAAGGUUUAGAAAUUCAUCAGAGUCAAUUAUCUUGCUGCUGGACUUGUAAGAAAUGUCAGGGGCAUAGCAUCACGAAUAAAAUGAAUUCUCUUUAUUGCACGCAGUGUCCAAAUUUAACCAAUCCAAAUCAUAAUAAUACGCAGUGUGUACCAUUGCCAUUAGUCCAAGCGCGAUAUGGAAGACCGAUGAAAAUCAUUUAUUUUAUCAUAGUAACGAUAUAUUUUGUCCUUUUAAUUGUCAUAUGGACGGUCAUUAUUGUUAAGCGCAAUACUCCAAUCGUUAAAGGUUCUAAUUUUAAACUUACUAGCUUAUUACUAUUUUUUCAUGCAAUAGGUGUACCAGCUUCUUUUCUAUUCCUAGCCCAGCCAACCAUAGCCAUUUGUUAUACACGGAUAUUUAUGAUAACCACAUUUGUUAUAGGUGUUUAUGCAACUAUACUUUGUAAAACAAAUCAAGUUUCUACGAUAUUUCACAAUCCGGUUAAUAAGAGGGCAAAACUGGCACAUUUAACAAAGAAUAGAAGUCAAUUUACUUUUAUUUUUACUAUUAUACUAGUAGUCAAUGGAAUUUUACUUUGCUUAGUUAUUUCCAAACCUAUUAAUAUUAAAAUGCAGCGCACAUAUGAUAACCAAGUGGAAAUAUUAUGUCAUGUUGACAAUUUCUAUUUCGAUAUCAACUUAUUAACGUGGAUGGCUGUUUUAGGACUACUUAGCCUCUACUUUGCGUUUAAAGCACGCUCAUUACCUGAUAAUUUCAAUGAAUCAAAACAUAUUUAUCUAUCAUCGCUGUUAAUAGUGGUUUUAGGAAUUUGUUGCUUCCCUAUUACAUUUAUAGUAAGCGGAAGUAUGGCUGAUAGCGUAAGAGGGAUAACUACUUUAAUCAUCGGUUCUUCGCCAUUGCUUUGUUUAUUUCUUCCCAAGCUCUAUAUUAUCUUUUAUAAAUCAGAAUUGAAUACUCGGCAACAAAUCAUG